CUCACAACCAGUAGAUCGCUUUGCUAUACUCCUGGGUUGCACGUUGAGUGGAGGAUGGUUCUGCGUCGCGGAGGAACUUAAUUUGAAUGCGCCUUUCUGGCGCAUAAGCACGCCCCAUAUACCAGCUUCAAUAAUAUACCCAAAGCUGUUAUUAUUUAGUGGGCUAUAUUGAGAUGGCGCCGCCCGCGGGCGCGACAGGCUCGCAACAGCAGCAACCGCAACAGCAGCAGCAACAGCAGUUUGUAGACGCCGCUCAAUUCUAUGGCCUGUACAAAUCAGCUAAGACAUUGGCCAAGUCCUUCCAAGCGGUGGCUGUGCAGAAAGACCAUCAAGUGAAGACAUUGAAGCAUGAAAAUGAGGAAUUAAGGCAAAGGCUUCAGAUGCUGGAGGCGCAGCAGCAACAUCAGCAGCAAGGGCUGAAGCCAGGGGCACAAGGGCCCCAAUCAGGGUCAACCUCUAGCGGCAACCCGCCAUCAGCGAUUAACCAACGCAACUCCAACGGCGCCAACCAACCGAUCACCAAUGCAGCAUUGGCCUCUGCCCCCAGCUCAAGCCGCUCACAGCCCGUUAUCCCACCCUCGAUGCGGCGCAGCGUCCCGCAAGGACUCCAGCCCGCCACCGCCAGAGCUGCUGCCGCCGCGCCUGCUCCUACUCGCCUCGCCGACAACUCCUCAGGCGCCGCCCCCGCCCACGGCCCGGCCUCAGCUCGAACCGGUGCAGUGCAUGCCUCAAUGGACAUGCAGCAAGGCGUCUUCGCUCGCCAUAUGUUGCGGUACGGAAACGCGCCGCAAGCGCAAGCUCAGGCACAGGCCCUGCAACAUGCGAUGCUUCUACAGCAGCAGCAGCAACAACAGCUGCAGCAACCGCGUCACGUCCAGCAGCAGCCGCUGCAACAGCAACCGGCGCAACCCGAGGCGGCUAACGGCGCGGCUUCCAGGGUCGUGUUGUCCGCCAGGGGCCACGGCGACGUGUGGUUCGCCGGCUCCUCGCAAUCCCGCUCUCGAUCCAACAGCCAAGGCGCAAGCCAGUCUCACAGCCAGAGCCAAGUUCACAAACAUGGUCUCCAGAGCCACCCGGUGCUGGGUCCCGAGGAUGCGGAGCCUGAGGAUUCGGAGGCUGUGGAUGCGGCCGGCAAGAACAAGACGGCCAAGGGCAAGAUUGUGAAGGCGUUCAAGAAGCUUCUGAAGGUCCAAGCCUGGCGUGGUGGUCGUGAUGAAGAGAACAACAAGCAGGAGGCUGGCGGAGCGGCAGGGAUGGAGGCCGGGAGGGGCGGUCAGCCGCAGCAGCCAGGCAAGGUCGACGCCUCUGGGCUGCUAACGCUGCCACAGCAGGUGCCACCGCAGGCGCCGUCGGCGGCAAGUGUUAUUGCGGGUGCUGCGCCACCGUCGAGUCACCGCCACCAGCGGUGGUCUUCAGCGUCGCCAGACGCGCCUGGGCAGGACUCCCGUGCCGCGCGUCCGGCUGCACCGCAAGCUGCCACCGCAGCGGGGGUGUCAGCUGUACCGGCACCAGAUCCCCUGCGCGCCUCCCAGGCGGCAGGAUACGGCAUGGGCCUUCUGGGUCUCUUUGACGCUCCACCGCUGCCCAACUCCGAGGGCUACGGCGGCCUUGCAGCGCCGCCCCUUCCGGUGGCGCCGGCAGCCUUGUCACGACCCUCCGCUGCUGCUGCCGCUUCUGGCCUCGGCAGGCCUGUUACCCUGCCGACGCAGUACUUGUUCGGUGGCAACGGGCAACAGACUGCAUCGGCUGGCGUUGCAGAUGCAGAUGUCACUACGAUAGCGCCAACGAACUUUCAACAGCAGCAACAACAGGGUGCCACUUCCAUCGUUGGACAGUCCUCUGGGGGUCUGUAUCCGCCGCCGCCGCAACUGCCAACGCAGCCGCCUUCGCAGGCACCUCCGCUGGUGCAGAUCCAACGGAACCCUACGCUGCAGCACCAGGCCCUUCAUCAGCAGCAGCUACUGCAUCAAGACCCAUCAACGGGAGGCAGUUGCAUUGCCGUGGAGGCCAUUGCGGUGUCUCUGCAAGGCUCGGACUUGGCGUACGGCAGGCAUGGCAGCAGCGCCGUUGAUCUGUUUGCGCCGACUGCCCUUAGCGCGCUCCGCCGGCAGCAGCAGCAAGCACAGUUGCCAGACCUUCUGGACCAGCAAACGCACCACCAGCAACAUGUACCCUCCUCCUCGCCAGUGACGAGCGCCCGUGACAACGCUACGGCGACCUUGGCUGAUGCACUCAUGUCGCCUGCGUCGGCCGCCGGUCCAGGUGUGGCCGUGGCUGCUGCAGCCGCGGCUGCCAACGGGGGCACUACGUCUGCGACGCCGUCGCCUGGCGGCGCUGCCAGCAACAACGUGAAGAGUCCUGGCGGUGGCGCUAAGCAGGCGAGCGAGGGCGGCAACGUCUGGGCCAUGUUGGUGCACCGGUCUGGCUUGGGACAGGUGGCUCAGCGCCUGACAUCCAGUGCGCCUGGUUCACGGCGGUCUACUGACAGCUCUGGGACAGGUAGCGCCUGCGGCACCGCAACGGGUUUGGUGCCGAACCAAAGCCAGCCCAUCGUCGCCCAGGCUAGCCAAAGCGGGGCGUCGCUGUCACGGCAGAGCUGGGGCUCUGAACUCUCCGGCACGCAGUCUGAGCACGUUGCAGCGGGAUCCAACCGGCCUCCAAUGGCGGCUUCCAACUCGUCUCUUACUUUCCGUGCAGCGGCACUGCAACUGGGUCAGCUGCCGCCCCGACCCGCGGGUCGCUCAAGCACUCCUGCCUCCGCCUCGGCCGGUAACGCAGGGUUGCCUCCUGCUACGCCCGCCACCACGCCCGUCGCGGCCGCGCAUGGCUCGGGUGAUGUUCAUUCCGCCGCGCCUCCUUCCACGACUGCUAUCGCCACUUCGCCGGCACCGGUGUCGACUUCAACCCAUGAGCCUGCUGCGUUUGAGACCCCUCAAGAGUCGGCCUUGCGCGCAUCGCAACGUACGCAUGGCGCCCCUGCAUCAUCAACGCUGUCUCCCCCACCGACGGCUGCUACGGCUGUGGCGGCAACCACCCCUGCACCGCAGUCAGCGUCUACGACGCCACCAGACUCGACAAUAACCGACACUUACCUGAACGGAAUCCUCAGCCGGCUCAAGACUCCCGGCGUUCUGCGCCAUACCAGCGGCGGCGGGGGCCUCGCCACCUGCACAACUCCUGUAACGGCGUCAUGGCCGGCGCCGGCGCAGACAGACGGCAUGGACGGUACGGAUGCCGAGGAUGAGACCAAGGCUGGCAUGAUGUCGCCAGGGGCCGCUGCUGCGGGCAGGGCCUCGAUUGCCGUGGAUGGCGCCUUGUUCCGGAGGGACUUUGGGCGCAGCGUGGGUGUCGCGUGGCGGCGCAAGUCGCUUGGCUACCAGAACGCCGCACCGACCGCGUCCUUCCACGAGCGGACGCUCCAAUCGUCGACUAGUGGGCGGGCGGCAAACAUCUCCGUGGAGGGUCUUCUUGACAGCCACGAGCCGACGUCUCCGCACGGCGAUAGCGCUUCCAAGCCAAGCAACGCCGCCGCGGCUGCUGAAGAUGCUGGACCUCCGUCGCCUACGCGCCCGGGUGCCACCGCUCCGGCUUCCUCGCCAUGCACCUCACCACAGAGACCGUCGCUGGCACAUGCAGCGGCCGUGUGGACGUCGCGCAGCCCUAGGGGCUCGGGUUUGGCUUCACCACGGGGCGCGGCGUCGUCGCCGCGGGCUCCUGUCUCGGGAUCGUCGCCAACUCAACAGGUAACCAAGACCGUCGUGCCAACAGUCACCACGGCGGUUACCGCCACGGCGAUUGCAACCGCAGAAGCCAAUGCGUCACCAGCAAUGCAAGCUUCCCCGAGGGCGACGAAGCAGGCCAUCAACGAGACCGCCACCGCGAGACAGCCUCAUCUCAUGGCGCCCCCCAUCUCUACCUCUGUCGUCACCAAGGCAUCUGCUGGCGACGCAAACAAGCCGCAGCAAGUACCACCUCCCCUGCGCUUGGGGGCGCUGGCGAAUGGAGGUCCUGCUACGGACGCGGACACACCCGCGGCUGUGCGUACCCCUGGUUCGGCUAACCGCCCGCAGCCGGGUUCCGCUCGCUACGCCGCAGCCAACGCUGGUGCCAGUAGCAGCAGCGGUGGCGGCGGCAGCCCUGGUAGCGACUGGCUUACCGGCGGGGAUGCCGACUCGGCUGCCUUCACUGCAGGAGGCGACGGCAACAGCACCGUUGUCAUGCACGCUGUGAUGCCGACGGGUGAUACUGUAACGGCAGUCACGGGUCUCCGCGACGUUCGUGUUGGCUCCAACGUCGCCACCACCGCCGCUGUGGGUGCUCCGGCUCCUGCCGGAAAGGCUGCGGCCCCUUCCGGCGCCGCGUCCGUUCGCCAGGAGCCUGCCGCAACAACUCCCCAGGCGCCGCCCGCUCGCGGGUUCUCCUCUGCAGGACCCACACCUAGCAGCUGCAGCUCCGUUGGCAGCUGGGACCCCGAGCAUGACGGCGAGCACCGCUCCAGCUCAGCGCAGCGCCGUCACCACUUCCACCACCACCUGCACCUGCACCUCCACCACCGCUCAAGCAGCGCACCACGCGCAUUGUGGUCCUCUACUGAUGGAGCUCUGCAGCAAACGAAGACCACCAAGGGCAGUACCGGCGCUGGUGGAGAGAGCAUCACGGCUGCGGCCGCCACCGUACGGUCCCAGCCGGGAGUCGAUGCCGCCAGUGCGACUGCGACACCCGUGACGCUCCACAAGCGGCCUGGCGUGACACCGCCGGUGAAGCUGCGUCCGCUUGACACGGCCGGCGCCAGAUCGCUGAAUGGCGGCCUGACGGGAUCUCGCUCCGCGCGGGGACCCAGUCCAACAGCCGCCGCUGGCGGUGCCCCAGUUGCCAUUCCGUCAAAGUCCGCAAGUCAAGGUGGCAAGGUGGAGCCACGCGGCUCUGCCGUUGCUGCUGCUCCUGCAGUGCCCUCGGGUGACGAGUAUGGCGCGGUUGCUGCGGGCGGUGCGGAGUCUCCCUCCGUAUCAAGCGGUGCUGCUUCAAGCGAUUUCGCCUCUGCAGUCACGGCCGCGCCAUCGCCGUCUCGGUCUCAGGCACGGCAGGAUCAGCAGUCUGCACGCACGCCUGCCGCGCCCGAAACCGACCUCCAGUCCCCUCGGUCUGCGGCGUCGGCUGCAUGGGACCGUGUACAGAAUACAGCGGCUACUUCGAUUCAGGCGGCCUGGCGGGGUGCCCGUGCUCGGGCUUCCGUGCGCGGGCGGCAGCUCAUGGGUGACCUCCUGGACACCAGCGACACCGCCGCAGCAGCUGAAGCGGCUGCAGCGGAGGAAGCCGAGGCGCAGCUGCGCCAUCAGGAGCUGGAGUGGGCUGCUGUACGUCUGCAAGCUGCUUGGCGUGGAGUUCGGGCUCGGCGGCAAUUCAAGAAACUCCGCUUGCAGGCGGCAGAAACGCGACGCCGGAAGCAAAUCACUGCAGCCGUCGCCAUUCAAGCGGCUUGGCGCGGCUGCCGUGCGCGUGUGUUCGUCAAGGACCUCCGCGCUAAGCGGGCGGCCGCCGCGGAGCGACUGCGGCAGCUUGCUGAGGCCAAGGAGCGGCGGCGGCGUGCGGCGGCAGCGGUUACUAUCCAGUCCGCAUGGAGGGGCUUCGUCGCGCGUCAACGCGCAGCUGUGGAGCGUCAGAAGCUGCAGGAGCUAAGGCAACGGCAGCUGCAGGAGGCGGCGGCCACUCGGGUGCAGGCGGCAUGGCGUGGCCGGAAGGCCCGCGUGCAGGUUGCGGCCAUGCUGCAGGUGCUGGAGCAGCAGCGGCGGUACCAGCAAAGGGAGCUGGCGGCCACGGCCAUCCAGCGGGUGUGGCGUGGACACAGGUGCCGUGUCGCCCUGAAGGAGGAGCAACGUGUGCACGAUGAGACACAGCGUCGGGAGCUGGCCGACCUCCUUGCCGCCGAGCUGCACCAACAUCUGCUCAUGCAGCAGCAGCAGCAACACCCCCACCCCAUGGCGACGCUACCCCUCCACACCGAGCCCCGUAGCAGCGGUGGUGCCGACGAUCCUUCUCUCCUCGAGGCUGCUGAGGAGACGCCCCUGCUGUUCCUGCGGCCCUUGUCUGGGCGGCAACCGGUCGUCCAGCUGCGACUGCCCCUGCUGACCCGUUCUCCUCGCGUUACGCUGGCGGGCGCUGACGGCAGCACCACAGCCAGGCUGCUCACGCCUCGGGAGCCGGCGGCGCCGGCCCAGGCCUCUGGUACGCCGCGAUACUGUCAAGAUGAGGCGGCGGACGGUGCGCCCUUGGUGCUACCGCCGUUGCCGCGGCGUAGCAGCGGUGGCAGUGAUUGCGGAGGUGUUGCGCGGCGCAGCAGUGGCGGUGGCGGGGUUCUGGUCGGUGGUUGCAGUGUGAGCGACGGCGGUGCAGCUGGAGCCAUGACUCCCAGGCACCCCGUUGUCCCCCGCCUGCGCCUGCCCUCCAACGGCUCCUCCGCUGCUGCGAUCAUCGAGACCUCGAGUCGUCCCUCUAGCGAGGGCAGCGCCGGCAACGUUAGCAACCGCAACCUCGUGCCAGGCGUCUAUCAGUCCCUGGUAGCAGCGCCGCCACCGCCUCAGCCCCCGCUACCUCCACCGCAGCCCAAGUCUGCUCCCUGCAGCAGCCGGGACUACGACGGCGGCAGCGGAGGUGGCGGGCGUGUCGACGUAAGGGCCCCUUACAGCUACCGUGGCGGAAACCUCGUUACCGAGGACCUUGUCACCUCCGCCGCCUACAUCGCCGCCGCCGCCACUGCUGCCGCCACCGCCAUUCCGUUGGCACCCGCAACAGCGUCCGCUGCAACGAGUGAGGGUGCUGUCACAACCGGCGUGGAGGAGAGCGUAGGCGAGUGCGACGCAGUCAGCAUGAGUCAGGGCCCCAUCACACAGGAUGGCGGCACCACCACGCGAGACUCUCGAGGCUCCGGCACCUACAACAACAGCGCUGUUGGCGGCGCUGCCGGUGACAAGGAGGAGGAUGAGAGGGAGGACGAGGUCGGCAGCAAGGACCGCAGCGAGGGCGAGCCGGCAAAGACCGAGGAUGAUGGCGAUGAGGAGGAAGGACGCGGGCCCUAUCACCAGAACAGCGGCAGGAGCAGCAGGGCAAGCAGCCGCUGCGUGCGCGCUGAAGUGGCGUCCAGCGAUGGCGUGUCGGACAGCCGGGUUGAGCUUGAGGUGUCUGCUGACGGCGCCGAGGAGGCUUCUCGAGCCAACAGCAGCAGCUGCAACAGCAACGACGUUGGCGGCGGCGGUCCGGAGGUAUCCCGCUCCUGCGCCCUGACUGAGGAGGACGAGGUUCGCAGCAACAUGAGCGGUGGCAGCGCGAGUGUCAGCGUCAGCAACAACCGCAAUCACAGCCGGGGCGCGGCCAACAGCGUCAGUCGCAGCAACCGCAGCGGCCGAAGCAACCGCAGUACCCGCAGCGACCGCAGCACCCAGAGCACGCGCAGCAACCCCAGCACCUGCAGCCUGAACAGCGACAGCGAGUCCACAAAGACCCUGCUUGACAAGCUGGUGCAGCUGGCAGCGGCUGCUGUAGAGCGCCGCCUCGGACCUGACGACCCAGAGCUGGCGCAGCUGUCAACCGUUCUCGAGGACCCCAGCUCCCGGGGCGAGUGGCUGCGGCUACGGCUGGGUCGGCGGCUGGCGCAGGUGCAGCAGCUACCCUGGGACGAGCUUGACGAGGACGAGGAGGAGGAUGAGGAAGAUGGCGAGGAGGUGGAGGAAGAGGUUGACGGCAGUUUAGUCGAGAGGAGUGAAGGGCCCGCGGCGAGUGAGGAGGCAGUUAGUCGGGCCGUGGAUGAAUCGGAACGCGCGAGCGGCUGCACGGGCGCUACCACUGGCGCGGCUGAGGUGGCGGAGGCGGAGGGCGACGAGGAGGUUGAGGCUGCCCCUGCCAGCCGCAAAGUGUCCCAACUGCACCAGGAGCAGUCUUGGAGCGGUGGCAGCGGCUCCGUCAGCGAUCGUGACGGUGGUGGCGGUGGCGGCAAGGACGUGGGCGCCCAUGACGGCAACCGUGGCAAGGAAGCGGCUGCGGUCCGCGGCCAGGCACCAGGUCUGCAUGUGAGCAGCCGGCGGGGCAGCCGCAGUGCCGGUGGCGCGGAAGAGGAGGAGCUGCUCAGCCCUGAAGCUCCCUCAGCAGGCACCAACAUGCUGGCGCUGCUGAGCUCGUACGGUGCGGGUGACGGCGCCACCGUUGCUGAUGGUGACGCCGCUGAGGGACCUUGUGAGGUUGUGGAACAAGCGCCGACUGCGAGCGCGGUUGUGGUCGAUGAAGGUGACAAGAAGGACCAGGGGCACGGUGUUCCUGUGAUGGCUGAGAGCGGUAGCGGCCGGCUCAGCGCCCGAGACCGGGAGCGCGCUGCCAACGCCGACACCGUCCAGACGCCUCCCAAGGAGUACCACAGCAUGGAGGCAUUGCCGCCGUCCCCUAUUGCCGAGACGCCGGUGGCGGCAACGCCAAUAGAAGCGGCCCGGGCCGCCGCAGCCACGCCUGGUGGAGGUGCGCCCAAUAGCGUUUUCAGCUUUGGCUAUCGCUCCUGGGGAGCCCCUGCCGCCCCGGCAACUCCUGCCUGGCCUGUGACGGCCGCUGCCGGUGGUGCAACUGAGGCUGAAGCUAUGGGCGCCGCAGCGGGCGCUGGCCCCUCUUUUGGCGGGGAGCAGCAUCAGUCCAGCCCAGCUAUGACGCAGAUCAGUUUUGGCGGUUUCGGAGGGUUUGGAGGCUUCACUGGCGGGGCUGCGCCUCGGCCCCGCGGCCACAGCGCUGGUUCAAGUGAGGCUGAUACGCCGACGUCUCGCCCGCUUUGCCCAGCGCAGCAACAAGAGGCGCCGCACCCUCCCCCGGGACGGGACUCCUUCCCCGGCUUUGCCCUUCCCGGCAACGCCUUCGCAGGCUUCGCACGCGGCGACCCUGCGGACCAGCAGCAACAGUGCCUCCUGCAGACCCCAACGCUACAUGCAAACCCUCACUCGGCAAUUGCGGAGGCUGUGGCAUCAGAGCAACGGCUCGUGGACGAGCGCUACCUUGCGGCGCCGCAACUGUCGGUUGACAGCAGCCAAAUGUACGGCAGCGCUAACGCCGCCACAUCAGACUCGGCGUAUGCCUCCGCCAUGGCAGCCGGGUCCAGCCAGCGCACUGGCAACAUGACGGAACGCGGCGGCGCUGGCCAUCCAUGGCGUCGCAUGAACGGUGCCCUAGCAAAUGCAGAUGCUGGGAACAAUACCGAUAACGGUGGGGAUGCUGCCAUGAAUGGCGCCGCUGCUACGCCUCAGUCACGGCGGCGGCCUCAGCCCGCCGACAGCACGGACUCAACCUAUAACAGCACCGCUCCGUCGGCAUUCCAGUCGUACGGCAGCUGUACGACGACCAUGCAAUACGCUGGGGGUGACUCAUCUGCUCCUAGCCGUGGUGCUGGUACUGCGGCAACGGCUGCGGCUGCGGUAGCGGCGGCUGCAGCCUCUGGUGACGGGGACGACGGAGACGUCACGACGGUUACGGAUUGCGGUCCAGCAGACUCGUAUGCUUUUGGCAGUGCAGCGGGCAUAGUUGGGGCUGGUGCCGGUGCUGCCUUGCCACACGUGGCACGCGGAGUUGUCAGGUUGCACCAGCAACUGACAGGCAGUCCCAGUGUCAACGGCGGUACGGCAACUGUUGACAUGGAGGCCGAUGCCGAGUCCAUGCCCGCUGGUUCCCACCGAGCAACCUCCGCUGUUGCAAUCUCUUCCCUCGGUGUGCUGCAGCAGCAGCAACGGACUGGGGCAUCUGUCCAGCCGGCUGUUUCUCUGGAGGCUGACGCAGCACGGGGACUGCAACCUGGUAAUCUGUUCCGGGACAACGCCGCCUAUGAGGAGGAGGAUGUGGAGGAAGAGGAGGAGGGAGAAGAGGAGGAUGACGAGGAGGGGUACGAGUCUUACGGUGAGGAGGAAGAGGUGCAGCUGUCCUGCUCCAGUGGUGAUGAGGGCGAGGAGGAGGAAGUUGAGGAGGAGGAAAGCGAAGAGGAAGAAGGGGAGGGUGUGUGGAUGGGCCGAGCGGCGUCGGUGUAAUAGUAGGAAGGGGUGUGCAAGCGCAGUUGCAACGCAGCGUGCGGAAGCCUCCUACCGUUGGGUUUCGGUCCUGUCGGCGGAGGUAUGCACGUGGCUUUGGACGUUUUGCUAAGGUUCAAAGUUUUUUUAGGCAGGGUAGGCUGCGUGGUGUGGUGUCAUGUCAUGCUGUGUAUGGCUGAAGCGUUGCCCGGACUGUUGAUGUAGCAGCAGCAGCGGGAAUGCCCGGGUUUGUCAGGAGGAAUAGGUCUUGCUCGCAGGUUUAGUUGUGUUGUUUCUGUUGGGAUGUAGGAAGCUUCGGAGGUAGCAGCAGGCAGGCGGGCGGCUUUUGUCGCUGGGUCCGUGCAGCAGUGGCUGCAGCUUGGAGUGCUUUUGCCACCGGGGUUGUAGUGCAGUUGGGCUAGUAUCUGGCGAUCUUUUGCGUGUGUGCGUGCGCAAAAGCUAGUGACCCAUGGUUCACUGAACCAAUAACCAACUAUUAAAGGUAUUGCUCCUAUCUAUUGGUUGCCCCCACCACGGUUGAAGUUGUGUAUUGUCCUACUAUGUUUUGCGUUGCUUGCUUGUACCGUCGUUGAGUUCCUGCUGGUGUGUUGGGGACAUCUCUGCUGCAUGUUGUGUAGCAGCAACGGAAGCAAUACGGCUGUUCAGUGGUCUGCGCGCUGUACCUUUGCCGCUUACAUCAGCGGCACAAUAGCACUAACGCUUUCAGACCAACGUUUGGCAUUUAAUGGUGGGCUCCUUGAGACCGGCAGCUGAUGACACAUCCAACCAACACAGGCGCAUCACCUGGUUAGCAUUACUCCCCCCAGAUGUGUACUCGCU